AAUUAUGCGCAGACGCCGACGACGAUUUUUUUUUGCAAACGUUAACGGUGAGCACGCUCAACACAGACCACUGGACCGCGACAGUGGACAUUGAAGGACAACCCAUGCCUUGCAAAUUAGACACGGGGGCGAAUUGUUGUGUCAUUUCAAGGAGGGACGUCGCAAAGCUACCGGAUCUACCAGAGCAGGCUUGCCGAGUCGCGCUAACAGCAUUUAUCGGCCACAAGGCAACCGCCCAAGCAAAAGUGCGCCUGCGGCUUUCAGCCAAUGAGAGGGUGGUCCUCGAAACAUUUUACAUCAUAGAGCAAAGUGUACCAGUGACUUUGAGCGGUUCAGCAGCCGAACGCCUUGAAUUUAUCCGCCGGGUACAGCACAUUGAUGUCGAUCAACUUUACCCGCCGGCACAACCCUUUGCAGAUGUCUUCACAGGACUGGGGGAGCUCAAGGACUACGAGUACGAGAUAAAACUCAAGCCCGGCGCCGUGGGUGUCGUCGUACCGGCUCGGAGAAUCCCCGUGGCCCUGGAGGACAAGACUAGGGCGGAACUUCAGCGUAUGGAGGAUCAAGGCGUCAUAAGAAAGAGACUGAUGGGAAGGCAGACGAGGACCCUGCUUGCCGUACCCGCAAGCCACCUGGUGCCGGAGACUGUGCCCAACCGAGCCGUCCAUAACCGUCUCCAGGAAAUUCGCCAACGCCAGAGGAUCUACUACAAUCGCCGCUCCAGGAACCUGCCAGCCCUGUCACCUGGCCAGAGGGUGACUACAUACGAUACCCACGAAAGGACCUGGACACCUGCGGUCUUUCUCAGGCCAGCUGAGACGCCGCGCUCCGUGGUGGUGAAGACUGAGGAGGGCCAGGAAAUUAGACGUACUCGCGAGCAUCUGCGAGACUCACCUACACAUACCGAAGAGAGUCCUCGUGACGGGUCCGAACGACUAGACGACGCCUAGCCCGCUCAAGAGCUACGUAGAAGCACAAGGACACGCCGGGAGCCCUGCCGCUACCCACAACCAGAAGGAGCUGUGUAAUUAACUUCUUCCCCAAGAAAAGGGAGAUGUAGCAUGGCUGAGUAACUCUGACGUAACCAGCCAUUUCGUUAAAAUCACGUGACCUGCUACGUCACCAUUCUUUCCUAUAUCUACUUCGUUUCAACCGCAAUAAACGUUGUUCAUCACCCGA